GGCUUACUGCCACUUCCCCUUCUCUCCCCUCUCUCUUCUCAAUACGCUACUCCCCCUUGCUCUGAAAGUAUUUUCUUUCUCCUCUAAGAACUUCUUCAGUGUUCUAUCAACAUACUGAGUACUUCUACUUGCACCUAUUAAAAGUUCAGAUGCUUUUUCUUUCUGAUUGCCCUGCCAUGUACUUUUUGAUCCAUUUUUUAUGCUCCGCCGAUCUGUUUUGUUGCAGAGGUGUUGUGCUAUGGACGUCUUCUUUGGCGAUUUGUUUUGUUCAAGUGGUGUUUUGGAUUUUGAUUAGUACUGGAGCUUUUCGUUGAUACCUCGUCUCUGAAUGAUCACCUGCCGCCGUGCUAGUUUUAUGCGAAUUUUCCGUGUAUAAAUGUCUCAGGACAGCGGCGGCGUUUGGCGCAACAGCAGGGACGCCAGCUCCGCGACGGAGCAGGAUCGAGUUGCACCGGCCCAUGGAGCUGCCCCCGGGCUUCCGCUUCCACCCCACCGACGAGGAGCUCAUCACGCACUACCUCGCCCGCAAGGUCGCCGACACCCGCUUCGCGGCGCUCGCCGUCGGCGAGGCCGACCUCAACAAGUCCGAGCCCUGGGACCUGCCGUCGCUGGCGAAGAUGGGGGAGAAGGAGUGGUACUUCUUCUGCCUCAAGGACCGCAAGUACCCGACGGGGCUGAGGACGAACCGGGCCACGGAGGCCGGGUACUGGAAGGCCACGGGCAAGGACAAGGACAUCUUCAGGGGCAAGGCCCUCGUCGGCUCCAAGAAGACGCUCGUCUUCUACACGGGGAGGGCGCCCAAGGGCGAGAAGUCCGGCUGGGUCAUGCACGAGUACCGCCUCCACGGCAAGCUCCCCGGCGCCGUGCCCAGGACCGCAUCGGCCAAGAACGAGUGGGUUCUGUGCAGGGUGUUCAAGAAGAGCCUUGUCGCAGGUGUGGCGCCAGCAGCCAAACGGGGCGCCAUGGAGAUGGACGACAUAGCAUCCAUCUCCCACCUCCCUCCGCUGAUGGACGUGUCCUCCGGCGCCGCCGCCGUCGGAUGCAACCCUGCGGCGGCACACGUGACCUGCUUCUCCAACGCGCUGGAGGGCCAGUUCUUCAACCAGACGGCGCCGCCGCAAGCCGCCGCCUCCGCGACGGACCACCUCGGCCUCGCCUCCUCCUCGCCGUUCCUGUCCAGCUUCACGCAGUACGGGCCGCUGCACCACGGCGGGGUGAGCCUGGUGCAGCUGCUGGAGAGCAGCGGGUACGGCGGCGGCGGCGACCUCCCCGACAUGCCCAAGCAGCAGCAGCAGCAGCAGGGGGGCGGCGAGCGGGAGCGGCUGAGCGCGUCGCAGGACACGGGGCUCACCUCCGACGCGCACCCCGAGAUCUCCUCCUCCUCCGGCCAACGAUUCGACACCGAGCAGCUCUGGGGCUACUAAAGCAGCACAAGCUUCUUCACGCACCACGUUAAUGGCGGCGAUUAGUAUAGAGCGCUACUGUAAAUAAGCAUCUGUUGGUGAUCGGUCUUCGUGGCGUGCAUCGAGCUAUGCGUUCCAAUUAUUUGUUCGUGUGAUUGUAGUUAGCCGAUUUGGGGGUGUAGUUAGCAUUUGUGUAAACACGAUUUGGUGCAACAUUUCCAUGGUUAAUGAUUGAUGCCAAGCUAUCGACGGCUACCUCCAGUAGCCGCGAUAGUUCGUUAGGCUUAUCUGGUUUGUUUGUGAAAA